GUUCCAACUGAGUGGUGUUUUCUUGACGUUCACUAUGUGUACAAAAUGUGUGUCUGCGUUCUUUGUGUGCAUUUGCUUUGAUGACUAAUUAUUAACUGGUUCAGAAGAACAAGGUUCUACUCUGCUCUGCUUUGUGAAUUAAUUCCUGCAAAAUGUGUCUCAGGUCUCUUGGAUUUGUCCUGAUUUUUUUUCCUGGAGUGCUUCUCGCACAGCGCUGUGACGCUCCCAGGCUUCGUGGUUAUUUUAUCCCCGAACAAGAGACUUACUCUAACAAAGCCAUUAUCACUUAUUCCUGUGAUAACGGAUAUAAACCUGUAGUGGAGGGUUGGUGGGCAACCAGUACCUGUGAACGUGGGAAAUGGUCUCAUGAACCGCAAUGCAUAGGAUCUUCAAAUGAGACACGAGAGACACGUCUUUGUUAUACAACAAUUCAGAAUUGCGGAAACAUCCCUGUUAUUGAAAAUGCUUUUGCUCUGCAAACUUCACAAUACUAUUUGACAUACCAAUGCCAACGUUUGUACAGAUUAGUGGGUCCAGAAACAGUGAAGUGUAUCAGCAGUCGUAUGUGGUCAGACUUACCUGAGUGCAGAGCUAAGUUCUGUGCUGUCAACACCAAUGACAAUCCUGAAUACAUAUCUGUGGGAACUGUGUACAUAGAAAAUGGUGAGGAAGAGAGAGUGGAGUGUGUGAAACCACACAGCUGGUCGUUGGAACAUUAUACUAUGGUUCGAUGCAUCAAUGGAAGAGUGGAGGCAACUGAAUGUUGUAACUGGAUGGAACAUAAAGCGAGAGGUCUAUUGUGUGACUAAACCUGUAGCUGAGGAUUUGCUCAGCACUUUGGAGCUUUUAAAGGAGGAACCUGACUUAUGAUCGCAUCGUCACAGCCUGUGUUAGCUUUUCAUUUUCAUCUUCAAAAAUUUAAGAGAAAAUGGUUUGUGUGCUCUUAUUUGAGACACAAACACCACCAAACUGAAUAAAGUCUCAGAUUUUACCAUCAAAACUGC